AAGAACCGGAGGAUAUUUUCGUCAAUAUCAUUAUUACCCCUACGGGGAAGAAAUUCCACCUCAAGCCUCCUCAAAUCCCACUCCCUUCUUCUUCUUCUUCUCCCAUCCGCCACGAAACCAAAUUCACUCCCUCACACAAACAGAUUAACCGAUCGAUCGAUCGAAUGAGGAAGUUAUCCAGCUAUGCGAGGAAUCCGGCAGCGGAGAGGAUCGGCGCCGGCGGCGAAGUGGCGGAAUCGAGGAGGCUCGUGACGGAGCCGGAGAUGGACGCGGCUCUGCAACUGAUUCAGCUCAGCGGCGAUUCCGACAGCGGAAGAUAUUGCGGCGACGAGGAGAGCGUCACCGGCGCCGUCUCCGAUGAAGCCGCCUUGGAUGCUCGCCCGCCUCGGAAACGAAAAUUCCGGUCGCUCGUCGAUCUCUACGCCGCCACCGAUCCCGUCGUGGUGGUCAAGUCUAACAACCGCAAGUCCGCCGGUAAGAAGAAGUUCCGUUCAGGAAGUAGAUGAUGCGGUUAAUAAUAGGCACUUCUUAGU